AUGUCGAGGAAGUUGAUUUGCGGUGUCGACUACGGCACAACUUUCAUAGGCGUCUGCUACGCAUGGUCCGAUGCUGAGAAUGUCUCCGAUAUCCACAUCGUUUCAUCCUGGCCUUCAACCGGUUCGACUGGCGGGGACUACGGCCACCAGAGCCAGGUGGCAAGCAGAAUCAGCUACCAGCCAGCCGAGCAAUGGGGUUACGCCAUUGAGCCGCGCGCAGAAGCCUUCUGCUGGACCAAGCUGCUGCUGGAUCGCCAUACUAUAGCGACAGAAUACGAUGACAAAAGGCUGCGAGAAGUGGAUGGUGGCGGCAUACUGACGCUGCCAUCGUGGAAGUCUGCUGAAGAAGUCGUGACAGACUUCCUGACCCAUCUGUACAAGCAUGUCAUGAAGUACCUGGCCACAAUCAUCACUGCGCCAAUCCUGGACCUCACAGCCAUCGAAUGGUGGUUCACAGUGCCUGCAGUAUGGUCUAUUCGGGCGCAAGAAGCCACGAGAAAGGCCGCAUGUAAGGCUGGAUUCGGCUCGAGACCCGGUGAUACAAUCCAUAUGGUCAAGGAGCCGGAGGCUGCAGCCAUGGCGAGCCUGCACUUGACAACACGGGAAAACAAGCAAUUGAUCGAGGUUGGUGACGGCAUCCUUAUCUGUGAUUGUGGCGGAGGAACUGUGGACUUGGCGUCAUACCUCAUCAAAUCGAUCACCCCAAAACUGCAACUGGACCAAGUCUGCGUCAGUGAGGGUGGAAAAUGCGGCUCAACAACAAUCGAUCGUGCAUUCCACGGACUCAUGCAAGAUCGCUUUGGAGAGUCUUUUACCAAGCUUCCACAAAGCAGAAAGGGUGCCAGCUCGAAGUUCAUGGGCGACUUCGAACGCACAAAACGAGCUUUCGGUUCCCUUACCAACGACACGACCUAUGGCAUAACACUUCCGCUCGAUGUCGAGCAAAGCGCUCACUAUGAUGAAGCCUACUCGGAAGUGCUGGUCACCAGCACCGACAUGCGCUCACUCUUUGACCCCGUGGUUGAUCAUGUCAUCGCUCUUCUGGAGCAGCAGGUCAAUGCUUCAGAGUCGGGCGAGGCAGUCAAAAUCAAGACAAUCAUUCUUGUCGGCGGUUUUGGCUCUUCAGCCUAUCUGCAGGACAAAGUGAGAGCAUGGGCAAAGACAAAUCUGGGACUCGAGGUUCCAAAGCUGCAGAAACAUUGGGAGGCCAUCUGCAUUGGUGCUGCGCUUUGUGGGCUUGAAGGCCGCGGCAUACACAACAGAAAGGCUCGUUACCACAUUGGCUUCGUGUUCAACAUGCCUUUCCGUUCAGGAAUCGACGAUGAGCAUACAGCCAUCAUUGACUGGUUCGACGGCGUGAAAAGAACUCCAAAUCGAAUGUCCUGGGUCAUCAACCGAGGUGGAAAUAUCACAAACGAGACACAGAAGACGGAGAGUUUCCAAAGGAAGUGGCUCAAGUACUCUGAGAAAAAGUGGCAACUCGACUUAUGGCAAUGCAUAUCACAUGUAGCUCCAGAUUGGUUUGACGAAGAUGUCAAGCUAUUGGGCACUAUCGACAUUGACCUGACAGCAGUCAAUCUGACGGGAUUUCCCAGCAAGAGGAAACUGAGUUCUGUGCAUCCAUACAAGGCGCAGAGAUAUUACAGGGUUGACUACGAUAUCGCCAUUGUGCCCGAGGAUGACCUUGGCUACAUGCAGUUCAAGGUACUUGUCCGUGGAGACAAAGUCGGCGAAGCGAAACUCAGGUUCGGAGACUGAAGCGAGGACUAGAGCCUUUGAAUACCAGUACUUGAGCCCAGGAGAGCAAUGAGAAGUGAUGGCUGCUCAUGAUUACCGUGCGAAAAUCCGAGGGAAACGGACAUGUCGUGGUGGGUCCUAGGUCAGUUGAGGCUAUCAUCACUUUCUCAAAGUCCAAUUCACGAAGAACAUGGC